AUGCAACAGCCGAAUGAUAAGGCUACACUUAGUGCACCCAACGUUACCUUCAUAGUUGUAACACUCAACUCCAGUAUGCAUCUAAACUCUCAAUGUGAAUCCAUCUGCAAAAUAGGAUGA